AUAUAUAUUUUAUUUUCUCUCUGCAGUCUCCAGUUUAGCCGUUUCCGUGGAUGGAAAUCAAAUUCCUCUCUGGUCCACGGCGAACCGAUCAGAACUCGUGAGAACAAGUCAAAUCUCGUUUAUCGCUGCUGUUCUUGCCUUCUCUAGUGUAUUUUCUGUUGAAUCCCAUCAUAUCUUGCACUUAAUCGAGAAGAUUUGACAUUCUUUUAAAUUGUUCAUUGGAUUGUCGGUUCUCAAUCCUAUUUCUUCAAGAAGUUUGAUUAGGAAUCCCUCUUUCUCUGUUUUCAUUAGAAUCUAGUGCAUGUUCUUUUCCCCUUUGGCGAUUUCUCAGGUGAAAACAUACAGAUAUAGAUACAAUUUUGUUUGAUCAGAGAAGAAGUUGCUGUGAUUCCCAGUUGAAAAUGGUUGGAGGUGGAAACAGAAAGGACGAUUCUUUGGUUUUGAACAGUACUAACGUUUUCGCGGCUUUGAGAAAGAAGAAGGAGUCGGGGCCAUCGAAGGGAAAAGGUUCUGCGAAGAAGAAACAAGAGGAGAAAGUGAUCGAUCCGCAGGCUUUCUGGACUCCAACCAAGUUGACGGCAACAUCUUGGGCUGAUGUUGAUGAUGAGGAUGAUGAUGAUUACUAUGCAAACACGGCUCCCCCUCAAGUCCUUUGGGCUGAUUCUCCGGAUAAGGAACAGAACCCUGCACUUGUAGAGGGAAGUGAAAGUGAAGAAGAAGAAGGCUUCGACGAAGUUGAUGAUGAUGAAAACGAAGAAGACAAUGAUCAUGAAGUUGAUUUGCCAGUUGAGAAAGAUCCAGUUGUUACCGAAGUUUCUUUGCCGGCACCUAAGGAUGCAGAGAGGCAGCUCUCAAAGAAGGAGCUGAAGAAAAAAGAGCUUGCAGAGCUUGACGCUGUGCUUGCCGAAUUGGGUUUAACUAAUUCUGAGGCUGGUGGUGAGAAAGUUGAUUCUCAAGGUGGUAUACAAGAGGAGGAGAAGAAGAUGGAGAUCCCGAAUGGGGAGGAAGAGAAGAAAGCAGCAAAAAAGAAGAAAAAGAAGGAGAAGGUGAGGAAGGAGGCUAAAGAACAACAGGUGGAAGAGUCGAAUGACAAUAAUAAUAAUAAUACAGGGAGUGGAGCAGAUGAUACAAACAUAGUGGACGUGAAAGAGAAAAUAAAGAAAGUAGCGUCGAUGAAGAAGAAGAAAUCAAGCAAGGAAAUGGAUGGUGCAGCCAGAGCUGCGGCAAGUGAGGCUGCAGCUAGAAGUGCUAAGCUGGCUGCCGCCAAGAAAAAGGAGAAGAACCACUACAAUCAGCAGCCAGUACGGUAAGAUUAUGAUGAUUGUCGCAGUUCUUCCAUUGUUUAUUUCGUUAAACAGCAUUCUGCCUUUGUUGUUGGGACUACAUCAUAAUAGUUUUGUUUGGUACACUCUUGAGGUUAGAAAACACAUCUAAAAGAUGUAAAGUUCUUUCAUAGACUUCUCCUUUAAACUUCUGGGAUUUUCUUUUUCUUCAUAUGCACUAGAAUAUUUUUGAACUUUUAUGUAGACAUCAAUUUAUUUAACA